UGCUCUUGAAUGGAUUGACAGUCCUCUCGAUAUCUCAAUAAGAGCUGGCCAAUCUGCCAUCACGCACCGACCAAGCACAUAAGAAUGCCUCAUAAAUGACUCCGCAACCAUGGAGUUUUCCCAGUCGCCCACCCCUGCCUCACCUGCCCAGUACAAUCCCCGCAAGCGCGGAAGAACAGCCUGUACGCGAUGUAAAAGAAGGAAGCAAAAGUGCGAUAAUGACUAUCCAGCCUGCUCAAACUGCCACAAGGCUGGAGUGACGUGUGACAAGGCCACAGUACGACAGGAGAACGGGCAGCAGAAUGACUACACCCGCGCACUAGAAGAGCGCAUAGCCUCCCUAGAGUCCCAGCUGGAGUCCAGACCGGACCAGGACCCGAGCAUCGACCACAACCCCAUCGGAGAACUCGUCGGCUUUCUCGCGCUCAACUCCUCAGAAGCCCCCGCGUACGUAGGCUCCAGCUCGGGUCUCUCCCUAGCCGCCAACCUAGGCGAGAUGGUCCAGGCCACCGUCUGGAACCAAGUCCUCGCGCCAUCGCGAGGCGGCAGCAAGGGGUCGGCUGCCGGGCAUGGCCUACCGCCCCAGCCGUCGACGUCAACCGCGCGAGGUACGGCGUCGGGAGAUCGGCCGCGGCCGCUGAGGAUGGAGGAGCUGCUGGCGAAGAGCACCGAGCCCCCUAAUGACGUGAUGGGGGCGCGGAUCCUCCGCGCGUAUCUGACUCGUCUGCAUGUGCGCUAUCCGUUUCUUGAUCGGCGGGAGUUGUGGCGGUUGCAUGAGGAUCGGUGGAGGCUUGCUGGGGCUAGGCGGGAGGACCUUGAGAGAGAGGAGUGGUUUGGAAUCUUCAAGUUGUAUGUUGUUUAUGCGAUUGGGGCGACGACUCUGCAGUUGAGUGGGGAGUAUAGUUAUGUUUCUCCUGAGCGAUUCUACAUCACCGCCCUGCAGCAGGUCCCCGCCAUGUGUGAAACACGGUCAGUCGAGAACAUCGAAGCCAUGACGCUCUUGGUAGUCUACCACCUUCGCUCCGCGUCCAGCCAAGGCGUAUGGUACAUGAUCGGACUCGCCAUGCGCACCGCAAUCGACCUAGGGCUCCACAGAAAGGCCAACGAAAUCUACCUAGAUCCAAUCACCGCUCAAAUGCGACGACGCCUCUUCUGGACAGUCUAUUACCUCGAACGAGUCGUCUCCAUGUCUCUAGGCCGACCAUUUAGCAUCGCAGACCGACACAUCGACCUCCCCCUCCCCCUCGACAUCGACGACGACAUCAAAGACCCAGUCCAGCUGAUCACACCCGACCGCCUCACGACCUUAACCUUCGCCAUCCACCUAAUCCAGCUCCGCCGCAUCGACUCCAAAAUCCAACACAAGAUCUACCGCGCCGACCGCCCCCUCCACACCCUCCGCCCCAAGAUGGAUGCGCUCUACCUCGAGCUCGAAGACUGGAAGAACGCCGCCCUCCGUCGCUUCACCGCCCCACAAGACCUCGACUACCCCCUCCUGCACUACAACCGCGCCCUCAGACUCCUCAUCCAGCCCUUCCUCCCCUCCCUCCCUCUCACAGACCCUUACUACCACGUCUGUCUCCGCGCAGCCGGCAACGUCUGCCAGACCCACAAACGCCUCCACCAGACCCUCGAAUACGGCCACUCGUUCCUCGCCGUCCAGACGGUCUUCAUCUCAGGCAUCACCCUCCUCCACGCCCUCUGGACACACGCAGCCCACGUCUGGUCCGUGCAAAUGUCCAACGAUAUCCGCGCUUGCUCUACCGUCCUCUUCGUCAUGGGCGAGCGCGCCUCGUGGGUCAAAAAGUACCGCGACGCUUUCGAGCUGCUCGUGAACGCAGCCAUGGAGAAGCUAGACGCCGCUACCGGCCCCGCCAGUGACCCCGCUAAGAAACCCAGCAUGACAGAGCUAAUGAUGGCUACAUCUUCUUCUUCCUCCAUUAAUGAACCCUCUGGACCUGCCCCAUCUUCCAUGAGCGCAGACCCACACAGCCAAGACCACGGCGUGCGCAUGGCGUUCGAGCUCGCCCCGUGGAUUGAUCUCGCGGAGGAGGGCGGACCGUUCUGGAUGCCGGAUUUCGAGACGCUGGAGGGCCUGUCGGGGGAGUUUUGGGGCGCAGGUGAUACUGCGCUGUUUGAUGCGCUUUGAGUGAUUUUCCUCCUCGUCUCUUUCUUUAUAUGAGUCGACUUUUGAUCGAGCAGGUUGACUCGCUGAGCGGAGCAUGGUCCUGAUAAACGGAUUGGGUUCGUCUGUUCGCUUGGGGUAGAUCCAUCGUGCAGAGACAUGCCGCAUGCUGCAUAUUACCUA